UGUGGCAGCCCUUGCAUGCUCCCCUCCCCCACCGCCUAUUCCUCCCUCCCUCGGCCUCCCUGCCCCUCCCCCUUCCAUCCGAAUGAUAAAGGGUCUGGCCCGCCAGGACCGCCGGCCUCAGGCCCCCAGCCUUUCCUCACCGCGCUGCCCCAUUGCCUUGCCUCCACGGGGCCAGGCCCCUGCCCAGCUUGCGUGCCUCCCCUACAUGGGGCCCUGCAGCAGCCCACGUCUGGGGCUUCCUGGGUCGGAUUCGUCCUCCCAGCCCCCUAAGAGGAGGAAGAAGAGAUACCUGCGGCAUGACAAGCCACCCUACACCUACCUGGCCAUGAUUGCCUUGGUGAUCCAGGCCGCACCCUCCCGCAGACUGAAGCUGGCCCAGAUCAUCCGUCAGGUCCAGGCCGCCUUCCCCUUCUUCAAGGACGACUACGAGGGCUGGAAGGAUUCCAUCCGCCACAACCUCUCCUCCAACCGAUGCUUCCGCAAGGUGCCUAAAGAUCCCGCCAAGCCGCAGGCCAAGGGCAACUUCUGGGCAGUCGACGUGAGCCUCAUACCGGCCGAAGCGCUGCGGCUGCAGAACACCGCCCUUUGCCGGCGCUGGCAGAGCAGGGGCACGCGGGGAGCCUUCGCCAAGGACCUGGGCCCCUACGUGUUGCACGGCUGGCCCUACCGGCCGCCCAGUCCCCAGCCGCCACCCAGUCCCCAGCCACCACCCAGUGAGGGCUUCAGCAUAAAGUGUUUGCUAGGCGAUCCCAGGGAGGGGGCACCACGAAGCAGCCCAGGUCCGGCAGGCUCUGAGCACAGUGGGGAGAAGGUGAUGCCCACUCCACCCCUGCCCUCUGAGAGGCCUCUGUGGCCCCUCUGCCCCCCCGUUCCUGGGCCCAGGCGAGCAGAUGCGGAGACUUCCCAGAGGGGAACCAGCAGGCCCUCGCCCCUCUCCCCUGAGCACAGAGCCUGGCCCCUCCACUUACUGCAGGGUUCUCCAGAUCCUGGGGCGCUGUCCGGUGGGAGUCACAGGGCCUCACUUUGGGGGCAGCUGCCCACCUCUUACUUGCCCAUCUACACUCCCAAUGUGGUGAUGCCCUUGGCUCCACUACCGCCGCCCACAUCCUGUCCCCAGUGUCCACCUUCAACCAGCUCAGCCUAUUGGGGGGUGGCCCCUGAAAGUCAGGGUCCCCCAGGGCUGCUCUGUGAUCUAGAUGCCCUCUUCCAGGGGGUACCACCCAACAAGAGCAUCUAUGAUGUGUGGGUUAGCCACUCCCGGGCCCCAGGUGCCUCCACCCCAGGCUGGCUGCUCUCCUGGUACAGCCGGGGAGGCUCCUAGGGCAAGGGAGCUUUCCUCUCCCUGCCGCCCCUGGCUUGCUGGGGAACCAAGGCCAGGAGGUCCAAAAGGAGUUGGUGGCCACGGCAGCCUGAAGCAUCAGGCACCAGCGGUACUGAGAAUCCAUGCUGUUUAUUGGACUGCCCCCCAAAGGGCUGUGAUCCAGCGGGCACCACCCUGGCUGGCCCUGAUGGUCGUCACGCCUCCCUUACCCCCCGAAACAAGACUGGAAAGAGUGGGGGCUUUGCUUGCAGCAGCCCCUUCCUGAUCCCACUUUCUCUGUCCGUCUGUCCUUCUUUCUACCCAUCCAUCACCGUGUGUCACUUCCCCUCCCUGGCUCCGGGCUGGGGGGAGGGAGGACCUAAGUCUCGGCUCUGGCCUCAAGUCCUGUCCUCCCUCCUCUGCCUGGGAAGGAGGUAGCAGCACCUUUUUUGGGAAAAGGAAAUCAAAAUCCUACUUGUUUUUGGUGGUGGCCGUGGGGAAUGGAACAGUA